AUGGCCUCCGACGACGGCCAGGUUCCGCUCCUCGAGCGCGCGGAAAUGCCCGACACCACCCCUACAAUCCCCAAGGAAACGGCGCGCGAAAUCGCCCUGCUGGAGCGCGAGUUUGUGGAGGCGGAGGUUCAGGCGUUCCGCGCCUCCAUCCCACUCCUCCGCCCCCUCUACACCCGGCGCAAUGCCCUCAUAGCCAGCAAGCUCGCCGACGCCGACUUCUGGCCCCGUGUCUUUGCCUCCGAAAUCGAAGCCUACCUCCUCCCCUCCGACGAAAUGAUCAUCAGAGAGUGUCUGAAGAACUUCACCGUCGAGCGCGUCAGCGUCAACGAGGCCGGCGACGCCGGCGAUCCCCGCGACGUCCGCUUCACCUUCGAGUUCGACACGAGCCCGGAGCGCAACGUGUGGUUCGGCGGCGAUGGGAAGCUCGUCAAGGAGUUUUAUUGGCGGAAGAGUAUUGGAGUUUCGGAGAAGAGUGGGCGCAGGAAGGGAUUGUUGGAUGCGGCGUGUAACCUUGCGGAGGCAGAGGCCAAGGUCGCUGCGGGGAAAAAGAUUACGCCGGAGCAACGGUUGGAUUUACCCGAGUAUGAGAAGUUGGUGACGGAGGUGGCCAAGGUGGAGGCUCAGGCGGGUUUGCGUGCUGAGCGUGCUGAGCGUGCGGCGGAUGGAGAUGACGAUGAGGAUGAGGAUGAGGAUGAGGAUGAUCAUGAGGAUGGGGGUCCUGCUGAUGUGAGCUUCUUUGCGUGGUUUGGGUAUCGUGGACGGGAUAUCUCGGCUGAGGAGUCGGAGGAGGCCAUGAAGGCUGAUGAGGAAUAUUGGGGGAAGAUCGCCCGGGGAGAGAAGGUUGAGGGUGACGAGGAGAAGGAGGGUGAGGGUGAUGCUGCGUCAGGCGAUGAAUUCGAGGAGGAUGAAGAUGCUGACGACGACGACGAGGAUGGGCUUAUGGAUGCUGAGAUCUACCCCGAGGGUCAUGAGCUUGCCAUGUCGCUUUGUGACGAAGUCUGGGACAAUGCGCUUAAGUAUUACGUACAAUCGCUCCAGGCGCCAGAGUUCGGUUCCGAUAUUGAUUUCGACAUGGACGGGAUGGAAGACGACGACGAUGAUGAUGAAGAGGAAACUGACAGACCUCGCAAGAAGGCCAAGACUUGA